AUGCAGUUCACCAUUGUCGCCAUUGCCGCUUUCGUCGCCUCCGUCUCGGCCUUUCCCCAGGAUGCCUCUCUCCACAGCAGCGUCGUCAAGUCUUGCGCCAAGGGAACCAAGGUCUCUUGCUGCGACACCAAGGGUCCCAACGAGGGUCUUCUCUCCAACGUCCUCGGAGGCAGCUGCGCUCUGUCCAACCUCAACAUCCCCAUCGCCGCCGUCGGCGGUGUCUCUGGCAGCCAGUGCAACCAAGGCAACACAUACUGCUGCCCCGUGAACCAAGAGGGCAACCUCAACAUCGCUCUUGCCUGCAUUCCCGUCCAGCUUUAA